UGGGCGAGGGAGGAGAUGGCGGUGGCGCCGCUCCGCCCCGCCCGCCCCUCAGCGCCGUUUGGCGGGAAAUCGGGCUCUGGCGGGAAAUCGGGCUCUGGCGGGCCGGGAGAGGCGCGCAGCCGGAGCCGCUCGCUCGCCAUGCCCGCCGAAGGGGAGCUGCUGGGCGGCCCCGCCGCCCGCCCGGAGCCCGGCGAGCAGCAGUACCUGCAGCAGGUGCGGCACAUCCUGCAGCACGGCCACCGCCGGGAGGAUCGCACCGGCACCGGCACCAUCUCCGUGUUCGGCAUGCAGGCGCGGUACAGCCUGAGAGAUCAGUUUCCACUGCUCACAACGAAGAGGGUGUUCUGGAAGGGAGUGCUGGAGGAGCUGCUGUGGUUCAUCAAGGGUUCUACAAAUGCCAAAGAGCUCUCUGCAAAAGGUGUGAAGAUUUGGGAUGCUAAUGGGUCGCGUGAGUUCCUGGAUAAGCAAGGUUUCAGCACCAGAGAGGAGGGUGAUUUGGGACCAGUGUAUGGUUUCCAGUGGAGGCAUUUUGGAGCAGAAUACAAAGAUAUGCAUACAGAUUACUCCAACCAAGGAGUUGAUCAGUUGCAAAAGGUGAUUGAAACGAUCAAAACCAAUCCAGAUGACAGAAGAAUCAUUAUGUGUGCUUGGAAUCCCAAAGAUAUUUCCCUGAUGGCUUUGCCUCCGUGCCAUGCCCUUUGCCAGUUCUACGUUCUAAAUGGUGAAUUGUCUUGCCAACUCUAUCAGAGGUCUGGAGACAUGGGACUAGGAGUGCCUUUUAAUAUUGCCAGCUAUUCACUGCUCACGUACAUGAUUGCCCAUGUCACAGGGCUGAAGCCUGGAGAGUUCAUACACACCUUGGGGGAUGCUCACAUAUAUUUGAACCAUGUGGAACCUCUAAAAGUCCAACUUCAGAGGGAACCAAGACCUUUCCCCAAACUCAAAAUUCUUCGUGAGAUUAAAGACAUCAGCAACUUCAAGGCAGAAGACUUUCAGAUUGAAGAUUAUAAUCCUCAUCCACCUAUUAAAAUGGAGAUGGCUGUCUAAUGCUAUAAACCAGCAGUAAAUAUUAAUGUGGAAAUGCACCUAAGCUACUUAGUUCUCUAAAGGGGUGUGGCUUUUAUGUGCUUCAAAAGGUAUUUUCUUUAUUGUUAAAUAGCCACAGGCCAGAUUUGUCUUCAGUGCUCCUACACUGUAGUUGUACAGGACAGAUGAUUAUUUCUGAUAUGCCAUGCAGAUGUUAACCCAGUUUUAAGUUGUUAGAGAACUGCUUUUCUACACGUUUCAGUUACCAGUGGCCGUUUCUGUUAGCAUUCAAUUACUGUGUGUGAAUAGCACAGGCCUACAUGCUUGAUUAGGUACUGAAAAUAAGAACUUGUCUGUGUGAUAGAGGAUUCCUGUAAAUUGGGAGAAAUCGUUAAAUAUAGUCUAAAGAGUGUAUGUUUAAUAAAGCUUUUUUAAAAAAAAUCUUCUGGAA